AUGGCUCUAGAAACCAAUUUUUUUGUUUCACUCCUCCUCUUGAUGCUGGCAUUGAGGUUCAAUACUGGUGAUACAUUGUCAUUACCUCAUGGUGCCCCAGUAACAGUAGAAAUCAUAAACGGUUUCGGUGAAGCUAAGCUUGCACCACUCGUGACAAAUGUGACUCUCCAUUGCAAAUCCAAGGAUGAUAGUCUGGGAUAUCACACACUUCAUGUAGGAGCUUCAUACAGAUUUCAGUUCAAUCGGAACUAUUUUCUUCCCACAACGUUGUUCUGGUGCUUCUUCACGUGGCCACAAGACCAAACUCGUCACUAUAUUGACAUUUAUGAGGAGGAUCGAGACGAAUGUACGUUCUGUUCUUGGAAGAUAUGGUCUGGAGGUGCAUGUAUGUAUGAUGUUGAUGGUGAUGGGUACUCUAGGUGCUUACCUUGGAACAAAUAA